UCCAUCCACCAUACAUACGGUCGGUAUGUAUUGACAAGACAGCCAGAGAAACACAUGGACACACAAACCGUCUGUCUGUCUUUCUGUCUGUCUGUCAGGAGCCCCACCCCCCACCGACCCACUGGCCACUGGUAGGUACUACAUAUACUAGACUCGAGCCAGCAGGUGCUCAGCCGGGUGUUUCCUCCACCCCCCGAACAGCCCGUCUCCUCUCCCCGCCGCCUCAGCAGCCGUGUUCCUGGCCUUGCCGUAGACGCCCGGCAUGAGGGGCUCCAGCGACCCCUCCGAGGGGUCCAGUGUGGACCGCAGCCCCAUGGCCGCCUCGGGGUAGAUGGGGUGCUGCAGCACCUCCCGCACCUCAGACGAGUAGGCUGACAGCGCCCCUUUCUGGAGGGCGCGGCGGUAGGCGGCCAUGGCGCACGAGGCGCGAACGUGGGCGACCAGGUAGACCGAAAAGAUGCCCGCAUAGUUGUGCCUACAGAGGAGGGAGACGACAGGAGCGUCAGGGUGUCUGUCGGUCGGUCGGUCGGUCGGUCUGUCGGUGUGGGUGGCUGCUUACUUUGCGAAUGAGGCGAAGUACUGCUGCAGUCGGCCAGUCACGGGCAUGUUGUGUGGCAGCUCAACGUUUGGGAGGGUCUUCUCAAGCACCGACCUGAUCGACUCGACCAGCUCACGAGGCGUGCACCUGAACGAACGAAUCAAGGCCGGACAGACGCAUGCGCGUGGGCUUACUUACUGACGGCCACACGUACGUACAUACUUGUUUGGUUCGAGGUCUGGUCCGUGCAGGUGGUCAUCGACGAGUGAGAGCUGGAGGAGCUGCAGCAGGUCCAGCGCAUUGAACCCCGCCGACUUGGCCAACACUGAGGGCGCACACAUCCUCGACAGCGCGCUGGGCUCCCGGAACAGGUACCUUCACAUACACACACACACACACACAUACACAUGUAAGGAAGGACAAAAGAGAGGUCCAAGCAGCCCGUCGACACUCUCUCCCUCUGUGUGUGUGUGGCCGUCGUACUCACUCACUCAUGGAAGACAGCCGAGGUCUCGGUGAUGUCUAUGGGGAGACAGGAAGGCAGCCGAUAGUUCCAAAACCCACCCGAGCCGCCGCCAUCCACCUAUAUGGAUGGAUAACCAUACACACACACCCAGGGAAUGGAAUGAGUGCGUCCAGGCGGGGCGGGGCGGGGCGGUGUUCCCUGUCUUGUCUGCCUACCCACCCCGCCCACCUUGAGCUGCUUGUCUGUCGCCUCGUGUGUGUGUGGUGUGAGCGGCUUUGCCUGCCGGAUGGUGCGCCUGUUCCGGAGGUAGUGGAUGAAGUGCAUCGCAUGGCCCAGCUCAUGGCACACAGCCGUUAUCUACACAAGCCAGGCGGCAGGCAGGCAGGCCGGCCACGUUUACUCCCGUCUUUGCGCAUGCCUGUGUCACUGGUCUGUCUCUUCCUUCCCGGCUGACCGAGUGCAGAGGCACUGGAGCGGAGGGGUUGAGGGCCACGGGGCAGGACACGUGUAUGUGGCCGUCAGCCAGCAUCUCAGUCGACACAUUGCCAAACCCUGAUAUCAUUGCCGACCACUGACCGAACAGACCGAUCGGGUUCUUCGGCAGGCAGGCCGUCAUGUAGAGGAAGGCGAUGACUUGAGCGCGGUGUGCGUUCCUCUGGUGGUCUUGUCGGUCAUAGACCUUGAUGAGCUGGUAGUGCGACGGCCAGCCGUAGUUGGAAAGGUCCGUGGGAACGGCCUCGAAGUGGAAGCCGUGGAUGUCUGACAGCAUCUCGAGGAUCUCGGGCGCGAGCAGCCCUAUCCUCAGCUCCUGCAUAGGAUCAUGCCCCUUCUGCCAAUGCACUGCCUGCACGCACACACACACGCACACGCGCACCCCCUCUCUCCGUCUGCCUCAUUGCUGGUCUGCUCAUGUGUGUACAUUGAGGGCGUGGUGCUGGAAAUCCACAUAGUCGACGUUCCCCUGGCCGCUGGCCGGCUGCUUCCCCGUUGUCCGGUCGGAGAUCGCGGCCGACUUGCCGGCGUUCUUGACGAGGGCCUGGAUGUGCGGCUGGAGGGCCGACAGCACAUCGCCGUAAAGCUUCCGAAGGCUCUCGCGUGUUUCGACCGUCCUGCACAAAGGGCGCGGCCCACACACACAGAGAGACGCACGCACACACCGCAUCAGCCUUCAGGUAUUGAGAUGCGGGGGAUGCAGGCAAGCACCCGGGCUUGGCUUGUGUGGAUGGGUAUCGUAUACCUCUUCUGUAUCUGCAUGUCGCCCCAGCACGUGAAGCCCAGCUGAUUAGCGAUCUCGUGCCGCACACGCAGCAGCUCCAGCAUCGCGCUGGCGACCUUGUCAUCGUCCCACCCUUCCGCGUACGCAUCGAAUGCCUUCUGUCGGCGUUGUCGAUCGGCCACCGUGGCCAGCACAUGCUCUAUCGUGCGCUGCCCCACAGGCACUCUCACCACAUCCUUCUUGACGGCCAGCUGCUGGAUCGAGUCCUUGAAGGACGACGGCAGCAUGGCCCCCGCAGGCACAUCGACAUACUUCUGCCGCCCCAUCAUUGCUAUGGCAUACGUGAAGGUCCCCUCACCCCGCACCAUCUUGUAUGUCAGCAGCGUCGCGUUGUGGUCGCCCACUUUGUCGGCCAGGGCCACCUCCAUCUCGAUGCACGGUGCCGCAGCGACCCUCCUCUGGAUGUCCGCUGCUGUGGCGCCUGUGGUCUCCUUGAGGGACGUCAUCAGCUGCUUGUAGCAGCGCCGCAUAAGGUCCAUCCGCACGAUCUCGCUGCGAAGCACGCCGAGUACCGCCAGCUUGGGCGCCUUCGGCAGAAGAGUGAAGAAUGCCCGCGUGAAGCCCAGCGUCUCCAGGGAAGACAACAGCGCCUCGUUGACUGAUGACUGGUCGCUCUCGGCGGGUGCCUUCUCGGUCUGCCGCCAUGCCGUCUUGCGAACACUCCUAAGAGCCUUUAGAGCCACAAGCGAUGGGAGUUCGUUGCGGUUGAUGAGUUGAUCUGGCAGCCGAAAGGCCCGCUGGUUGGCGAUGAGGCCAUCCAGAUGAGUCCCUCGCUGGACGAAAGAGCGGAGCGUCGCUGCAGUCCUCACCACUGCACUAUGAACAAACGCGCGGAAAAACUCCAGCAUCUGAAGCUCUUCCCCCUCUCUUCGGCAGCUC